CUCUUUUCUCUGUCGUUCUCUUGGGAUUUGUGACAGGAUCUGAGCCAUCAUGUCUAAAGAAGCCCGUCCGUCCUGGGACAGUCCGAUGCAGUUUGUUCUGGCAUGUGUGUCUUAUGCAGUGGGACUUGGGAAUGUCUGGCGUUUUCCAUACCUCUGCCAAAUGCAUGGUGGAGGUGGAUUUAUGAUCCCGUAUCUGCUGAUGUUGAUUCUGGAGGGAAUUCCUCUGUUCUGUAUGGAGCUCGCCAUCGGGCAGAAGAUGCGUCUGGGCAGCAUCGGGGCGUGGACCGCCAUCAGCCCGUAUCUUGGUGGAUUAGGCAUGGCCAGUGUUGUGACUUCAGUGUAUUUGUGUCUUUACUACAAUGUGAUAAACGCCUGGAGUUUCUGGUACCUCUUCCAUUCAUUUCAGACUGUGUUGCCCUGGGCGGAGUGUCCCAUCAACAGCAAUCGGAGCGGAUAUCUGGAGGAAUGUGAGGUGGCUUCACCGACACAGUAUUUCUUCUACCGCGAGACCCUUAAUAUCUCGUCUUCCAUAGAUGAGAACGGCAGCGUUCAUAUGGGUCAGGCACUUUGCCUUGUGCUCGCCUGGAUCAUCGUGUACCUGUCCAUCAUCAGAGGGGUCAAGUCAACAGGAGUGGUAGUGUAUUUUACUGCAACGUUUCCAUACGUUGUUCUGAUCAUUUAUCUGAUUCGUGGAGUCACUCUUCACGGUGCUUGGAAUGGAGUCAAGUACAUGUUUACACCCAAGCUGGAGCAGUUGGCAAACCCUCAGACGUGGAUCAAUGCCGCCACACAGAUAUUCUUCUCUCUGGGUCUGGGCUUUGGCACCUUGAUCGCUUUUGCCAGUUACAACCAUUACAACAAUAACUUUGAGCGUCAGGCCAUCACCGUGGCCCUCAUCAACAGUGGCACAUCAGUGUUCGCCAGCAUCGUGACCUUCGCCAUCUAUGGCUUUAAAGCCACGUUCAACUACGAAAGCUGUUUGGAAAGGAUGAGACUGUUGCUGCUCAACACAUUUGAUUUAUCUGAGGACAUCAUCAGUGUUGAUAAUGUCACGGCUUGGAUCUCUCAUCUGAAUUAUACAAACCCCGAGACAUUCGCAGCUAUCGCUUCAAAGAUAGAAGACUGCAGCUUGGAGGCAGAAUUAGACACGGCUGUUGAGGGCACUGGACUGGCGUUUAUCGUGUACAGUGAGGCGAUUAAGAACAUGCCUCUGUCUCAGUUGUGGUCUGUGCUGUACUUCAUCAUGUUACUGCUGUUAGGGAUGGGGAGCAUGCUGGGGAACAUCACGGCCAUCAUCACGCCACUGGGCGACCUCAAGAUACUGUCACGAAAGUUCAGCAACGAGACCAUCAACGGUCUGGUGUGUCUGCUCUGUUUGCUUCUGGGUUUUGGCUUCACCACCGGCUCAGGAAACUACUGGUUCACCAUCUUUAAUGAAUACGGAGCCACGUUUUCUCUGCUCUUCAUAGCGUUCUUUGAAGUUGUCAGUGUGUGCUACAUCUAUGGACUGAAAAGGUUUGAGAAAGACAUUGAAGACAUGUUGGGCCAUCGACCAAACUGGUACUGGAAAAUCAUGUGGGCCGCAGUCAGUCCAGUCCUCCUCAUCAGUCUCUUCAUCUUCUACAUCAUUAACUACAUCCAGGGUGGAACACCAACUUACCAGGCCUGGGACAAACAUCUGGGUAAAUCUGUGGUGAAGGAGUAUCCUGCAUACGGUCAGGCAUUCAUAGCUCUGCUGCUGCUGUCGUCUGUAAGCUGUGUCCCGCUGAUGGCUCUUUAUGCGUUCUGUAAGAAGAAACGGCGAGGAACGGUGAUCCGAGAACACAUCGUCAGCACGGUGUCAUCAGCCAUUUGAGGAAAGACUCAAAAGACUGUUGGAAAAUAGACAGCUACUUAACCUUGUAUGCAAGGGCGUAGAUUUGGCUUGAACAUUGGGGGGUUGUACUUGCUUGUUUUGAUUACUGAGGGGGUUACUUCCCCCCAUCCCCCCUGGAUUCUACGCCCCUGCUUGUAUGGGACAACAAUGGCCACACUGUCGCACAGACCAUAAUAUAAUUUUUUAAGCGUUUAUCAGUCCAGUCACGUGGAUGAUAAAACAGGUGGAAAAAAAGCCCAUAGACUUACACGUGGACCCGAGUCAUAUCAAGAGAAAAGAAUAUCACAGAGACUAAAAACUCAGAACACCUUAGCAACCACAUAGCAAUGCCUUGGCAACCACCCACAACAGGCUGGCAUCAUAGCGGUGAGCUUUGCCCGGGCAAACAUCACACAUAUUUUCUUCAGAAGCCUUGAUACUUAGAAUAUUAUCUGUGGCCAAAAAAAAGCACAUGAAAAGUGCGACCAUUUGAAAAUAUAAACUGUUUGUAAAUAACUUUUUAGCGGUAAAUUAAAUUACAUUGUCAAAUCACAAUGUUUUGUGUGUAGAAGUUUAAAAUGAACAGUGAAUGUUGUGUUGUGAUUGUAAGGGCUAAAAUGAUUCUAGAAGCAACUUUUGAUCGAUUAUUAAGCCAGAAUCAUGAAAUGCAGGGAAAACAUUCAGUAUGUGUACUUUUAUACAUAUGAAAAAUUCUUAUACAUAUAUUAAAUUGCUCAAGGCUACAGUUCCUCUGCCCUUGAUAUUUUUUCUUGUAUGUAGGAUAUUAUUGUGGAAUAUUUUGGAUAAGUAUAUUCUGUCAAUUCUGAAUAAAUAACUAAUUUACGCUACUGUGUUUCUUGAUGUGCCUAGAGCUAAAUUUAAUACUGAUGUCCCGUCAUUGGGGGCAACAAAAGUCUUUUUUUGUUUGGUCUUGGCAGGCAUCCUGUUUAAAAGUUGUUUUACAAUAAUUGUCAAUUUCAAGUGUAUUUAAGCAGGUCAGUG